CCCGAUAGCCACCUAUACCAGCGACCCAGCCCCCUCGCUCCGCGGAUCUUCUUCCUCCUCGCGCGAGCGCCGCCACUCAUCACGCUGCCGAGUGCCCGAGCCCCCUAGCUCGUCUUCCUCCUUGCUCGAGCGCCUCCACCGCAGAAAAUAUGGAGGUACCAGAAGAGAAUUUCGUGGACAUGGGUGAAGUACCCCAUAAUCUAUACAAUGAAGAACAACCAAACCCUUUCGGCGAUGCAGAGGCGCAGUAUAAUGAAGAACCUGGUAACGCGUACAACGAAGAGCUGGGAAACCAAUAUGAUGAAGGAUCUGGGAAUCCAUACAACAUUGAGCAAGCAAAUUUGCUCAGUGAAGAACCAGAGAAUCAGUACAAUGAGGAACCAGCCGGUCCUUACCAGGAAGAGAAUGCAUUCAACGGGGAAGUGAAGCAACAAGACAACUUGCAAGUAGAGGCUAAUGAUAAGAGAUGGCCAGGUUGGCCAGGAGACAGUGUUUUCCGUAUACUUGUCCCAGUCCAUAAGGUAGGUGCCAUCAUUGGUCGCAAAGGGGAAUUUAUCAAGAGGAUGUGCGAGGAGUCUAAAGCACGCAUAAAAAUACUUGAUGGCCCCCCUGGUGUACCGGAAAGAGCAGUAAUGAUUUCAGCAAAGGAUGAGCCAGAUGAGCAGAUCUCUCCAGCUAUGGAUGGCUUACUUAGAAUUCAUAAGCGGAUAGCUGAUGGUUCAGAUGGUGAGUUUGGUCAGACUCAGCGUGGUACUGGUACUAUGGGACCAACACGACUGCUAGUGCCAGCUUCUCAAGCUGGUAGCCUUAUUGGGAAGCAAGGAGCAACCAUUAAAUCUAUACAGGAUUCUUCAAAGGCUGUUGUCCGUAUUGUUGAAAAUGUGCCCCCUGUUGCAUUAAAUGAUGAUCGAGUUGUGGAGAUACAAGGUGAGCCUCUUAGUGUCCAGAAAGCAGUGGAGCUGAUAGCAAGUCACUUAAGAAAAUUUCUUGUGGACCAUAGCGUUCUGCCACUGUUUGAACAGCAAAUGAAAAUGCACAGUAUGCCAAGAGAGCAGCCAAUGCCAGCUCCUCAGCAAUGGGGCCCUCCUCAACCCUGGGGCCCUCCUCCAAACCACCCUCCUGGUGGUCCAGGUUAUGCUGGAAAUCCACAGUUCAUGCCUCCAAGGCCGCAAGACAAUUAUUAUCCUCCUCCGGAUGUCCCACCUAUGGAAAAGCAGCCGCACUAUGGUAUUUCUGCAUACGGACGUGAGGCACCAAGUGGUGUUUCUGCUUCAGGCAAUCAACCACCAUCGCAUGUGGCUUCUCAGGUGACACAUAACAUGCAAAUUCCUCUCUCCUAUGCUGAUGCCGUCAUUGGGGCAGCUGGUGCUAGUAUCAGCUAUAUCCGUAGACACAGUGGUGCAGCAGUAACUAUUCAAGAAAGCAGAGGUGCACCUGGAGAGAUGAAUGUGGAGAUAAUUGGGAGUGCAUCCCAAGUUCAAACUGCCCAGCAACUGAUUCAGAAUUUCAUGGCAGAGGCUGCUCCACAAGGCCGGCCACCACCAGCUUCAAACCCUCCAGCUCCACCGGUUGAUCCGAGCUAUGGCUCUUACCCUCCUGCUCCAUACGGGGCAUCCUAUGGAUCUCCUCCCACAGGUGCAGGGCCUGCACCCCACAAUGGAGGGGGCUACGGUGGCGGCUCCUACCAUCCCAACUAUGGAUACUAGUAGGAGGCUAGCUGCAAGCGAAAGGAUUUGUGUCUCUGUUGUGAUUAUUAGGAUUUUGUUGCCCAAUAAUGAUAUUCAUGGACCUAUGUUUCUGAUAAGACUGUCGUAUUAGUUUUCUGUCCUCAAUGGUCAGGAAUUGACUUUCGGGGUAUGUUUACCGCCGUGAAAUGAUGUGGUCCAGCUGAACUUUUCUGGGUAACUGGUCUAGUUGAACUUAAUCAUCUCAUACUUAAUACUCCCUCCUUGGAUACAGAUACUUGCCAUCUUUUA